AUGGAGAAAAACCUAAAGGAAAUAUGUUGCAACACAAAGAAGGGCUGUCCAAGGCCGCUCAUGGACAAGCACGGUCACAACCUGGAACAGGAACUUGACACCAACGAGAGUCUUUCGGAGUUCGCGACUCUGAAGACGUGGCUGGAUGAAGUGGUCGCUCAACAGCGGUGCGCGCUGGGGCUCCACACCCCGAUCUCCGCCGAACAGGGGGCAAAAUUCUCCACGUUUUUCGCUCGGCCAGAAUGCGGCGGCUUUCGGCAACAUACGUCAGGGAAGAUUCACAACAUGGUCAAGAAGGUGCUGACAAAGCAGUUUCUGGCUUUACUGGACAUGCAGAACAACCCGCUGAAUUUCUCCAGAGUCGCUCAGAUUCGUCAGCGAGAUCGAGUCUCGGGGCUUCAGCAAUACUACACCAGCCUGACUGGUCACGAAUUCUCCAACGAAGUGCCCUGUUCCAGGGACUCUCACCACUGCGACACGCGGCGUCUGGCGGAAGGGGGCAACCACACUCAUCCCGUUGUCAUUCGCACGCCCCCGACGGACCUCUCCCUCUACGAUGCUCUGAUUCAGGUGAGGCGCGAAUGUGUUCGCCUGGGCGUGGUGCCCGCGACCGGCCCGGUGCACAGCAUCGACCAUCGCUGCCGCCUCCUUCAGAUGAAGGUGGCCGACUUCCACCGAAAGCAGAUGCUCAUCUACGAGUCCCAACGGCGGCAGCAGUGGCGAGUAGACAUCGCUCCCCACGAUGCAGCCUUGCUCAAGACCUUUUCUCACCGCCAUCGAUCAGAGCAUCUGAGGCACGCGCUGGAUGCCAAGGACAUGGACCGUGUUUGCGUCGUGCUUGAAUCGGGAGCCGACCCCAGCACCGAACUGCGCAGCGGGCUUUUCCCGAUGAUGGCCGCCGUCGUGAAGCGAUCCAUUCCGGUUAUCCAACGACUGCUGGCUGCGGGAGCGGACAUAAACCACAGCAACUCGAAGGGCAUGACGGCUCUCAUGUGGGCGGUGAAGCGCAACGACUACGCGAUGGUGGACGCCCUCCUCGAGGAAGGGGCAGACGUCGAGGUCGAAGGAUGCUCGGGUUGGACGGCGAUGAGCAUCGCCUCCCGCCACGGCAGGAGGGACAUCGCGCAGUUCCUCGUAGAGACUCUCCGAGCGGACAAGGUCGUCGGCGACAUGAAAGCGACCAGGGCGCUGAACCACCGAAGCAGCGUGAACCGCGGCCUAACGCCUUUGGCGAUCGCGGCGAUCCACCGCAACGAGGCCAUGGCGCGGUGCCUGAUGCGGCUGGGCGCCAAGCCCGCGGUGAAGUGCCACCAAGGGCACGUGGCCGGAGAGCAUGCCGCCAAAGCAGGGUGGGGUGUUUUCGGCCUCUGGCUGCAGGAGACCCAAGCGUUCGGCGACCGCGGGGUGUACACGUUCGCGGACAUGAACGCGGAGAACGCUCUUCGGGUCGCAGAGCAGCGAAUGCUGGACGCAAUUUCGUCCGGCAAAACGGUACAAGACGACUCGAAAAGGAACUCUAGGACAACCUCCGUGGCUUCAAACAGCGGUGGUAGUAGGCCGGGGCCUGCGAUGGCCAGCAGCAGCGGCAGGCAGGUGUCGUCUGCGACUAGCGGCGACACCCGGCCGUUAUCGUCUGCGAGUAGCCGCAGGCGGCCAACGUCUUCGAGAAAACAAGGCGAACCUAGACCGACGCCCGCGAUUCCUGCCACCGCAACGGAAGAAGAGCACAACCAGACCCUGCCGGAGCCGCUGCCGGGGGUGCCAUCCGAGUCAGCAAGAGAUGGAGACCUUUCGGAAUUUCUAGACGUGACGCAGUUCCAGCUGGGACAGAUUCGAUCAAAGGUCCUCCUAACCGUCUCGAUCUUGCACGAGGGUCGCGCCGCUCCAGACACGGAGACCGACACCGGACACACGGCGCUAAUCUCCGCCGUGUAUCGAGGGCAGUCGAGUUCGGUGCGUUCGCUCAUCCAAGAAGGGGCCGAUCCCAACUAUUCCAACCGAAACGGCCGCACCGCGCUGAUGGCAGCGGCCGCGGCGGGCGACCCCAAGAUGGUGAUCAUUCUCCUGCGGCACAAGGCCGAUGCAGCCCGGACGGACAUUCACGGCAAGGUCGCCGGAGCGUACGCGUUCGAGAGAGGCUUCGCGGACCUGGCGCAGCUGUUGGCCAUCGCGGCGGCCGAUGGUCACGAGGCAGCCGUCGAUUGGGAACUCGACAGGUCUCGCCGAGAGGAAGAGGAAAAGGAACGGCAGCGGGUGCAGCACCUGAUGGACAGGGAAGGAGGGGUGGGCGGGGAUGGCGUUCCCGAGGCGGACUUGUACGAUUGGAUGAUUCGAGUCACGAAGCCUAGGGAGGCCGCCAAGAUCGCGGAUCGGAAACUCCAGAGCGAACAGGGCAGCUUUGUCCAGGCUGAGCCCAGCAAACACAACAACAACAGCAGCGUGUCACCCCCACGGGGGCAGCAAAAAGGCAGGGAACGCUGCCCGAAAUGCACUCUCUUCGUACCGUGCCUUCAUUUUGCCGGCGCGAAGCUUCCAGACGGGGUUGCGGAAUGGUCCGUGAACCAGCGAGGCGCCAGCCGCAGGGCCAACGCAGGGGGUAAACGUUUGGUGUAUGCACGGAGUGGCAAUCAGAGCGUCGCUUGGUGGAGGACUCUUCACCAAGCGCACCGAGACCGCACGCUUCCCCCUCGCCCCAUCGAGAGAACGCGUAGCAGUACACCACCUGUGGCAGACUGA